UUUUUACAUUUACAGCUUCAGAAACAAUGGCGAUGGCUUUCAAGAUGGCUACCACUGGAAUGUGGGUAACGGAUGAGUGCAAGAACUCGUUCAUGGAUAUGAAGUGGAAGAAGGUGCACAGAUACAUAGUGUUCAAGAUCGACGAAGGAUCCAGGCUCGUCACUGUCGAUAAACUCGGUGGCCCCACCGAAAACUAUCAUGAUCUCACCGCCUCCUUGCCCACCGAUGAUUGCCGAUAUGCUGUCUUUGACUUCGACUUCGUCACCGUUGAUAACUGCCGCAAGAGCAAGAUCUUCUUCAUCGCAUGGUCUCCUACGGCAUCAAGGAUUAGAGCAAAGAUGCUAUACGCAACUUCCAAGGAUGGGCUGCGAAGAGCGUUGGAUGGAAUCCACUAUGAACUUCAGGCCACCGAACCAACCGAGAUGGGUUUCGAUGUAAUUAGAGACAUAGCCAAAUAG